CUUUUAGGCUCGUCGUGUAAAUCGUGAAAUUCCUUUUCACCGAAAGAACAAAAAUCGUCCACUUAGCGACUCUUCCGGAGAAGCGCUCUUCCGCAUCGUUCAGCCCCCAGCUGGAGCUCAGCUUGGAGAAUCACCAAGUGUUCACCAUGUAGAAGUCAAUGGUUCCAAGAACGGUUCGUAACAUCGUGCUCUGUAAAAAACGCACUAAUUAUUUCUGCUAUUAUUUAAUUUGCUUUCGCAUUAGGACUAUAUAUAUAUAUCACCACGGCUGCUUCCACCCGCUCUUCGUGGUCAGGGGUCGUCGCCAUCGGCAUUUAUAUACUUACUGGGACUCUUCUGAAGAGUUUACGACAUUGUGAAGGUCUUAAAAUGAGCAAAUUGAUGCACGCGCGCUUAUCCAGCCUGGGCGAACGAGUCGUUUGUCGUGAGAGGCGAGAGGCAAACAAGGGAUCCGGAACGACGCUGCUUUCCUCCUCUGCUGACCGCUCGAGGAAAACGCGUCAGCCGUCGUUAGUUCCGCCGCAGGACGAAUGGCCGCUGCGACGGGCACGUGGCUCUUAUUAGACACGUGACGUCGUCGGCGUUUAUCUUGCAAGACUCCCUGCUCGCGAGCGUAUUUUGGUAGCGACGGAGGCCGAGAAGUUUUGAGACUGAGCUUGACAGACCGUGGGCUCAUGUCCCUCCAAAAAUCCUUCGACCGCCUUAGUAGAUAUCUCAAUGGCACUUGGCAACGCGAGCGCUCCUUUCCACGCAGUGCUUUCCGCGCCGCCGCACUAAGCCCUCAUUUAGUCUGUUUUGAUUCUCGGCAUCCAUUAGGUCUGCCGUCUUUUGGUAGCGGAGUGGCUUACAGUGACCUAGAUUCGAGUUAAUUGAAGUAAAACUUAUUAUCUCUUGGUAGUCUAAGGCGAGACCGGUUAGGUCACGUGAGUUUCUGGUUAGUAUUCUAUAGGUAGCUUCUAUAUGCAUGACUUGGUCCGGUCAAACUGGCUCAGGCAAAGCCAGGUGAGGGUAGACUAGAUUAGUAUCCUCGUCAAGGAUUUCCCGAGACAAAUUUGGCUUAUAUAUACUUGGCUUAGUCUGGUCAAGUUAGGUCAGGUUAGUGUAAUACUACAUCGAGGUUUGUCCGAGGCUAAGUUUCCUUAUAGGCACGGGUGGUCUCGGUUAGCUCAGGUAAGGACACGUUAAGCUACGUCAGGUAAUUUUAUGAAGAGUUAAGUUACGCUAGGUUAGGUUAAGUCAUAGGUUAGCAUUGGUACGGUUGGGCUUAGUUACCCGGGCUACAAGGAUAGGUAAGAAGGAAGGAAGGUCACGUUGAGCAUCCGGGCGACUGAUCUACGUCGUACGGCGUGUCCGAGCACGGUCCUCGCUCGUCAGGUCAGUCGAGAGACACCGCCGAACACGCGAGGCCAUGCCCCGCGUGCUGGUGAUUGGGGCUGGCGCCAGCGGCCUCGCGGCCGUCAAGGCAUGCCUCGAGGAAGGCGUCGACGUGGUCUGCAUCGAGAAGACAUCGGACGUGGGCGGUCUUUGGACGUACCGCGAGGAGAACGUGGACGGCGUGGCGUCCAUCAUGUACUCGACGACCACCAACACGAGCAAGGACCUGUCCGCCUUCAGUGACUUCCCGCCGCCGCCGGACUUCCCCAACUACAUGCACAACAGCCUCGUGGCCCGCUACCUGGAAAGCUACGCCGACGCCUUCGGGCUCAAGCGCCACAUCCGCUGUUCGCACGUCGUGCUCAGGCUGAGCCCUGCUUCGGACCACGAGCAGACGGGCUGCUGGGACGCCCUGAUCCAAAAUGUGGCCUCCGGCAAGACCUGGACCGAGAGCUUCAACGCCGCCAUGGUGUGCACGGGCUAUGACGUCGCCCCCGUGCUCCCGUCGUUUCCGGGGCUCCUGGACAGGUUCCGGGGCCGCGUGCUGCACACCCGGGACUACAAGCGCCCCGCGGGCUUCGAGGGCAAGCGCGUGCUCGUCGUCGGCCUGGGCAACUCCGGCGCCGACGUGGCCGUCGAACUCAGCGCCGUCGCGGACUCCGUGUACGUGAGCACCCGGCGGGGCUGCUGGACCAUUCCCCGCGUCGGGCCCCGAGGAGAGCCGUUCGACACGGUCAACGUGCGGCGCGUCUGGAACUGGCUCUUCCACCUGCUGCCAUUCGGGCUCGUCUGCCACGUCAGUGAGAACGAAGCCAACGCACGCUUCGACCACGCCGCCUACAACCUGGCCGCGAGGCACCGCAUCCACGAACAGCACGCCACCAUCAGCGACCUUCUUCCGUCCAAGAUCCUGAACGGCACGGUAGUUGUCAAGGGCGACGUCGUGUCUUUUACCGAGGACGGGGUCCUCUUGGAGGACGACCCGACCAGGGCCGUUCCUGUGGACGUGGUCGUGCUGGCGACCGGCUACGGCGCCCACUUCCCGUUCAUCGACUCGAAGCUCGUUCCGGUGCGAGACAACCGACUGCGGCUGUACAAGUUCGUCUUCCCACCGCACCUGGAACGCCACACGCUCGCCUUCAUCGGCGGCGUGCAGCCCGAAGGCAGCCUGUUCCCCAUCUCGGAGCUGCAAAGCCGUUGGGCCGUGGGCGUCUUCGUGGGCCGCUACGCUCUGCCCGGUCGCGCUGCGAUGGACGCCGACGUGGACCUCAAGGAGAGGCACAUCGGACGCCGCUACAUCGAGGGCAGCAGGCACGCAAGACAGGUGGACUGGAUCGACUACAUGGACGAAGUGGCCGAGCUGGUCGGAUGCCGGCCCAGGCUGCUUCGACUCCUCUUCACCGACCCGAAGCUUCUGUGGGCCUGCGUGUUCGGACCCUGCCUCCCGUACCAGUACAGGCUGCACGGACCUCGGCCCUGGCCCAUGGCACGCCAGGAAAUCCUGAGCUUCCAAGAGAACUACAGGAGGGGUCUGAAGACGAGGGAGGUGCCCUGGAAGACGGAAGGAGAGCGCAGAUCCUUCGUGAAACUAACGCUGAUGGUCCUCUCGCUGGUGGCUACCGCAGCGAAGGUCAAGAUAGUCCGGGAGUUUCUGGUCAAGUACGUCACGCUCUUGUGGGGGAUCCGCCUCAAGAUUCGCCACAGGCUUCGUCUGGGAAAGCUGUAUUUGUCCGCAUGAGAAAGCUUGAAGGAAUGUUUGCGGAUACGCUAAAAAGAUUCGUUCAAACUUAA